AUGAAAGUGAACGCGUCGUGUCCGACGAGUCCGGAGCCGUCUGAAAAGGCCAAGAAAUAUGAUCGGCAGCUGAGAUUGUGGGACGACCAUGGACAGGCGGCGUUGGAAAGCUCGCACGUUUGUCUCAUCAAUGCCACCGGAGCAGGAACGGAGCUGCUCAAGAGCCUCGUACUUCCCGGAGUUGGAAAUUUCACGAUCGUUGACAAUAAACUUGUCACAGCCGAAGAUCUGGGCUCCAACUUCUUCCUGAACAAACAGAGUAUAGGGAAGAAUCGAGGUGAGAUGGCGUGCGGACUGUUGAGCGAGUUGAAUUCUGACGUUCGAGGGAACUUCGUGGACGACAGUGUGGAGCAAUUGUUGGUCAAUUCUCCGUCAUUUUUUGACGAAUUCCAGCUGAUAGUUGCCAACGAUUUGUCUGAAAAGACUAUUUGUGACCUUUCCGAACGACUUUGGGCAUCUGAUAUACCGCUUAUUCUGAUCAAGAGUGUUGGCUUCGUUGGGUAUAUGCGGAUACAGCUGCGAGAACAUACCGUGAUAGAAUCUCAUCCCGACAAUGCUGUCGAAGACCUCCGCUUACUAAAUCCAUUCUCGGAGCUGAAAUCGUAUCUAGACUCAAUCGAUAUUGAGUCGCUGUCCCCACAACGUCUGUCGCACGUCCCGUUUCCCGUUCUCCUCUACAAACAUCUCAGUGACUACCGGAGUCACUCGAAUGAAUCCAAUAUCCUCGCUCCAUUGACCAGACAGCAAAAGCGGGAGAUUCAAGACGCGAUGCGGAAGGCCAAGAGAACGGUCGAAGACCGGAUGGUAGCUGUGAAAAACGGGGACUUCGUUGACACGAAUCCCAAGACUGUUCAGGAUGCUGAAAACUUUGAGGAAGCUGCCAAGGCUGUGAAUACUGUGCUGGGUGGUUUGGACGUUCCGAGCGAGGUUCAGCGCAUUUUGGAAGACUGCAAGUGCGUCGAGUUGACGCCGGAGUCGUCAACAUUUUGGGUGCUGUGUCGAGCAUUGAAAGACUUCGUUGCGGAAGAAGGAAGCUUGCCGGUUCGCGGGAGUCUUCCGGACAUGACCUCGGAUUCGGACGGUUACGUGGCCCUGCAAAAGGUGUAUCGAGACAAGGCAGCUCGGGACGCGGACGUGGUGGCGAGGAGAGUCAGAGGCCUUUUGCGAGACCUGGGUCGUAAUGCGGAUUCCAUUUCCGAACAGGAAGUGAAGCUCUUUUGCCGCAAUUCUGCAUUUUUGCGGUUGCAGCGGGGUACCUGCGUGGCUAAGGAGUUUCGCCAGUUUCCCAAGCUAGUGGACUUGGGAGCAGAAUUGGAAAGUGGAGACUCCGAUCUCACGUUUUACGUGCUUUUGCGGGCCAUGGAAAGAUUUCGGACGGACUUCGGCCGCUAUCCCGGUGUUUUGGACGCGCAGAUUGAAUUGGACAAUAUGCAACUGAAGGCGUGUGUGUGCAAGUUGCUGAGUGAGAGCGGAACCCCGGUGAGUAUCGGAGACGAUUACGUUCAAGAGAUCACGCGUUAUGGCGCCGGAGAACUCCAUUCGGUGGCGGCAUUUGUGGCUGGCUGUGCGGCCCAAGAGGCCAUCAAACUCCUCACCCGGCAAUACGUCCCUGUGGAUAACACGAUGAUCUACAAUGCUAUCGUUUCCAAGUGCGCUGUUUACAAGAUGUGA